AUGAAACAACCAAAAGCCUCUCCCAGCAACCUGCCAUCCCCUGACAUUAAAAUCUUCAAGAAAUUCCUUAUUUCAUGGGAUCUCAGCCCUACUGGGCUUCAUCUCCUAACCCAGGCAUCAACCUUCUCACUUCCCUACUGUCAUUUCUGUUCUACUGUCACAACAAUCAGCAUCAUCAUCACCAUCAUCACCACCACCACUGCAAAGGGUGGAGUCAUGUCCAUCACUCCUCCACCAUCCACCACCUCCAGACUACCGCCACCCCCAACCCUGCUGCUUCUUCUAACCCUGACCCACACUGCUUGUUUUUGUCUGGUGCAGCAGACAGAGUAUUGUCGACUUGCAUGCCGUUGCGGCUGCCACAGUUGCUGCCGUAGUCGUCAAAGCUCCUGCCAUUACUCUCCCACCCCACACCGUAACCCAACCCUGCAUCCAUCCCAUCCCUGCCCUCGACCGCCAACUGCCGAUCCUGAUGUGACUGACAUCGCUUAUGUCACUAACACCUGCCUCUACCCUUGCCCUCAAGUUCAAGUGCCCUCCCACCACUAA